AUGUUCAGAGCCCGUCGCUUCGUGCAACAGGUUUAUCGUCCAGCUCGUGCCAUCAACCGAACAUCCCACCACCCCGCCGUCGCCCGCCCGAUUACGACUACGCCCGCCGCCAACAUGCGUCUGCCAUACACGCCCGACCCGCCGACGACGACGGACCCCGAGGCCCUCGAGGUCGUGGAGCGCGUGCGGGCGCGCCGGGCGCCGCGGCCGCUGCAGGCGCUGGACCUGACACUGCUGCACUCACCGCCGGUCGCGGACGGGUGGAACUCGUUCCUGGGGGCGAUCCGGACGAAGACGACGCUGUCGGACGCCGUGCGCGAGCUGGCCAUCUCGCGCGUCGCCGUCUGCAACCAGGCCUGGUACGAGUGGGCUCACCACGCGCCGCUGGCCGUCGCCGCCGGCGUGUCCCAGGCCGCCAUGGACCUCGUCAAGACUACCGACCUGGCCUCCGUGACGGCGGAGAAGCGCACCGCGGCCGGGUUCGGCGAGAAGGAGUGGGCGGUGCUCAAGCUGACGGACGAGAUGACGCGGAACGUCAAGGUCGACGACGCCACGUUUGCUGAGGUCCGGAGCUUCUUCAACGAGAGGGAGGUCGUCGAGCUGGUGGCGACGGUGAGCUGCUACAACUGCGUCAGUCGGUUCUUAGUCGCGCUUGAUGUGGGCGAGAGAAAUGGGCUUGGUCCGGAUGCCACCCACUAG